UGCCGUUUUAUGCUAAACGUUGGAUGCGGGCUGAUUGGGGCUGAGAUUGUUGAUGUUGAUGUAGUUGCCCAUCACAACCAUCAGCAUACCACGGCCAAAGAAUCGUCAAUGAAUGGUGGUGAAGGAAUAACUAUUUACAAUUCACCCGUUGCCCUCUCCACGUUAUUAACUAUAGCACUCUUUUAACGUUGAGUUGAUUGACUUCUAAAGCACUUCAGAGAGCAGGAAAAUUUGCCCAGGAAAUACCGGGGAAAUGUCUCUUUACGGCCGUAAAUCCCCGACAGGCCUACCGAGGAUUUCGUCGGCAGGUCGGCCUCUGGACCGGGGAUUGCUCCUGCUCGACGAGGAGAUAGAACGCCUGAGACACAACAGGUCUGCACCACCUGCUGGAGCAUCACACUCUGCUAGUGGUUUCGUUCCAUCUCCACCACCAGGCAAGAAGAUUCUUCAAGAUUUGAAUGACCAGGUGAAGCUGUUUAAGAGUGAACUUGAGAAGAAGGACAAAUUAAUCCAGGAUUUAUCAAGAGCUGAUCUGAGUACCCCAAAACACAGGAAACAUGUUUCGUUCGAUGAACAGUAUGACAUGAUGCAUCCAAGAGAAUCCAUCUUAAGAUCCUCAUAUGAAUCUACAACACUCGCUAAGUUGCAGCUGAGGAAUGAACAACUGGUUGAAGACCUUGACGACACUAAGACCAAGCUUCUCUCCCGGGACAUUCAGUUGAAAGAGCUGAAUGGAGAAAUAGAGCGACUCAACGGAGAGAGUUCUCGCCAGUCUUCUCUCAUCUUAUCCCUGAGGGCGCGCAUCGGUGACAUGCAGCUUGAGACGGGAAGCGUAGAGGAGGUUCAAGCAAGAGGGCAGUACACCAUCGAGACUCUCCAGAGCGACGCAAAGCACCAGCAGGGCAAGGUGCUGGAGCUGGAGGCCAGGGUCAGGAAGCUUCUUCAGGAGAGAGAAGACGCAGAGAGGCGGACACAGACGUGGGAGAGGAAGUACAACGAUGUGUUCUUGAACCUGCAGGGAAUCAUUAACACCGAGGAUCAGGCACCGGAGGAGAUUGCCAGGAAGGUAUCUGGGCUCAUCCAGGAGAACCUGACCCUGAGAGGCAAGCUGGCGACCCUGGAAGAGAACAUCCAUAGCAGUGAAUUGGAAUCCAAGGCAAGCCGUGAGACAAUCCAACGUCUGGUGGCCGAGAUGAACAGGGACCAGAGGAAUAAUAUGGACACUAACAAAAUGGUGGAGAAAUUCAGAUUGGAACGAGAUGCUGCCCUUCAGAUCCGCAAUGAACUGGAGCGAGAGAAUUCUCUCCUCAAGGAACGCAUGAACGCCAGCCGACGCGCCUGGGACAGCACCCAGCACGAGCUGAAUGACCACGAGAAUAAGAUGACCAGUCUGGGGAAGGAGGCCAAGGAGCUGAAGUACGAGGCGGACGUGGCCAAGUCAGAGUUGAAAUCCUUCAGGGAGUCGUUGGCAUUGCUGCUGUCGAGAGGCAAUAGUCUGAGUUCAUGUGAUACGAGGGAAGAUUCAAUCAAGGAGAGAAUCAAGCAGCUGCAGAUUGAUGCCAGUGAAAAUUCUACGCAUGUCAGCCUCAUGGAGACAAAGAUCAAGAACUUGACCGAACAGCUGGACAGCCAAGCCAACUUGCACCAGGCAGCCAUCAAACGUGCCAAAGAAGCUCAGGAUGACUUUGUAGAUCAAAGGGCCCGCCUCAAACAGGUUGAGACGAGCCUGGCUACUGACGGAGUCCUCUUGGACAACUUAAGAUCAGAGAGGCAAAAGUACAUGGCGUUCCUUGAAAAGGUAGCAGCUGUGAUGAAACUAGAGACCAUUGCCCUCGACCUUGGAUUUGAUCUGAAUGGAGAUGCAAUCAUCGCCCGCGCUGAGCAGCUGGUGCGCAACGAAGGAGAUGGCCUGGCGGACAAGACCACCCACGUCUACAGCCUCCAGCGCAAGCUGAAGACAAUGAAGCAGCAACUGGAGAGCAAAGAUCUUCACCUCGAUCUACUGAGGAAGAAGAUCACCCAGCUGGAGGAGAGCCUAGCGGGGCGGUCAUCCCUCCAGAAGGAGCGAGACGACACAGAGUGGAGCCGGCGUAAGAUACUGAAGGAGAACGACAGGCUGAAGGGGGAACUGAGCACUGCCAAGAGGCUGAUCAUUGACAUGAAGGCUCAGAUGUUGGACGUCAGCAACCUCAAGUUGACCUCAAUGCACCAAUUCAACAGCAUUGACGAACUUGAGAAGUCCCUAGAUAAGAUGGAGAAGACAAAAGACAAACAAGCCCGAAAGAUCGCCGGCAUGAAACAGGAGCUAGAAUUUACAGAGCACGAGGCCAACGAGCUUCACCAUCGGGCGGAGCAUUCAGUCAAGGCCCUUAGUGAGGACCUCCAGGCCACCAAGGCUCUGCUGAUCGAGGUGCAGCGACGGGAGAGGCAGCUGGUGGACUUCAGGCAGGUCAUAGCCCGCAUGCUGGGCAUGGAUAUCACCACCUUGGCUGUCCCAGACUACGAGAUCAUCUCUAGGUUGGAGAAGCUGAUCCAGGCUCACCACUCACACGCCAUCACGGCUUAUGGCCUCGACGAGAGCCUGCAGAACAUGGAGAGAGGAUUCAGGCAAGGUUAUGAGGAAGCCUCAGCCUUGGUCGGCACAACUCGGCGGGCUCGAUCAAGAUCAGUAUCUCCAACACGGCGCAGGAAGCAUCAACCGGAGGUGUACUAGACCUUGGCUAUCUCUCUUAGAUGAACUGAAAUAAAUAAAAAAGAGCUUCAUUAAAAGUUACAGAACAAAUCAAUAUCUGUUGCUGAAUUUAUUUUUUAAAAUGUCUCAAAAAAGUAGUUCCUUUUGUGAAGUAUUAAAAGUUGGGUAGACAACGACAAAUUAGCAUGACUUUGUUGGAAUGAACUUCUAGUGAAAGACAUUAUUAUAACAGGGUAAAAAAUCAGUUUAAAAGUUUGUCCCAAAUGUAUUUUGAUAUCAGGUUAAAAUUCUUCAGUAUGUGUAAUGUUUCUUGAAAAACAGAGAAAUAUUUUAGAAAAUGUUUUUACAAUUGUUUAUGAGAAAAUAGAAUAGCUGUUGC